AUGAGUCAGAAAGUUCCACGCGACAACACUCUGCUGCCGGAUCCAGUCCUCGAUAAAGAAAAGUCUCCCGUCUUCGUUAGAAGUAUUCUUGCCAAAUCGGGUCCUGCAAGUGCUUUGAUUUCAUUUUUAUUUGUGGGUAGUUUGGUUAUUUCACUUACCUAUUCCUUAGGGGAAAUGGCUACCUUGAUCCCAGUAUCUGGUUCAUUUCUUCAAUUUGUUACCAGAUUCUGUUCUCCUGCAUUAGGAGCAGCUAAUGGGUGGUCCUAUUGGUUUUCAUGGGCAAUUACUUAUGCAUUGGAAUUGUCUAUUGUGGGUAGAAUUGUUCAAUACUGGACAGAUGCUGUUCCAUUAUGGGCUUGGAUUACUAUGACCUAUGUUGGAUUAACUGCUUUGAAUUUGUUCCCGGUCAGAUAUUAUGGAGAAGUAGAAUUCUGGAUGGCUGCUAUUAAAGUUUUUGCUUUGCUCGUCUUCUUGCUUUAUGCAUUUAUUAUUGUUUGUGGUGCUGGACAAACUGGUCCAAUUGGAUUCAGAUACUGGAGAAAUCCUGGUGCAUUCGGACCUGGUAUCUUGGUUGAAAAUCAGAACACUGCCCGUUUCUUGGGUUGGCUUUCUUCUUUGGUCAAUGCAGUUUUUACCUUCCAAGGAACUGAAUUGGUAGGGAUUGCUGCUGGUGAAGCUUCAAAUCCUAGAAAGACCGUCCCUGCUGCCAUUACGAAAGUUUUGUAUAGAAUUUUGAUCUUUUUCAUCGGAUCUAUUAUUUUCCUUGGUAUGUUAGUUCCCUACGAUGAUGCUAGAUUAGAAGGUGAUUCUCAAGACACCAGAACUUCCCCAUUUAUUAUCGCAAUGAAUCUUGCCGGAACAAAAGUCUUGCCUGAUAUUUUCAAUGCCGUUAUUUUGACUACCAUUUUAUCAGCAGGUAAUUCAAAUGUCUAUAGUGGGUCAAGAAUCAUGUAUGGAUUAGCAGAAUCGGGAGUUGCACCAAAAUUUUUCCUUCAUACUACAAAGAAAGGUGUACCUUAUGUUGCUGUCCUUUUUACUGCUCUCUUUGGUUCAUUGGGAUAUUUGGCACUUGAUAGUAGAGGAAAAGGUACCGAGGCCUUUGAUUGGUUAUUGAACAUUUCUGCCACGGCUGGAAUGAUCUCAUGGGGAUUAAUUUCAUGCACUCACAUUAGAUUCAUGCAUAUCUUGAGGAGUAGAAAUAUAAGCAGAGACUCAUUACCUUACAAAGUUCCAUUCAUGCCAUAUGGUGCCUACUAUGCCGCUAUUGCUGUCUUUAUCGCCGUAUUUGUCCAAGGUUUCGAAGUCUUCUUUGAGUUCAAUGUAGAAGAUUUCUUCAUUUAUUAUAUUUCUUUGAUCUUUUUCGUUGUGGCCUACAUAUUCUUUUACAUAUUCUUCUAUGUAACUAAGGCGCAAACAGCCUUUUUGAUUCCUUAUGACGAAUGUGACAUUGACACCGGUGCAAGAGAAAUUGAUGAAAUGGUGUUUGAUGAUACUCCUCCAAAGAACCUUUGGGAAAAGUUCUGGUAUUGGGUUUCUUAG